AUGGCCGACGACAACUUCGAUAUCAAGGAAACAUACCUCAAAUUCUUGAAGGAUGACGAAGACAUGACCAUGCCCGUGGCCGCCAUCGAGUCGCUCGUGACGAUGUUGCGCGUGAAGCAGCCAGCCACCUCAUCGGAACUCAUCAAGCUCGUCCGAUCCAACAUCGAGACGCUCAAGCUGUCCAUUUCCAACGCCAUCUCGCUUUCUGCAGGCUGCGACUUGUUCAUGCGCUUCGUGUUGCGUAACACCAACUUGUACAGCGACUGGGAGUCGUGCAAACGCAACUUGGUGGAGAACGGUGAGCUCUUUGUGCAGAGAGCCAAGGAGUCGAGAGAGAAGUCCGCCGAGUUUGGUGCGGCGUUUGUCAAGGACGACGAUACCAUCUUGGUCCACUCGUACUCGCGUGUGGUUUCGCAGCUUCUUGUGAAGGCCAGAAAGGAAGACCUAAAAAGAUUCAAGGUCAUAGUCACGGAGGCUAGACCCACAAAUAAGGGCUACCACAUGGCCAAGAUUCUCCAGCAGGCAGAUAUUCCCGUGGAGGUCAUCGUGGAUAGCUCGGUGGGCUAUGUGUUGCACAAAGUAGAUAAGAUUCUUGUAGGUGCCGAAGGUGUGGUCGAGAGCGGCGGCAUCAUCAAUCAUAUUGGCUCGUACCAGAUCGGAUGCUUGGCCAAGGCAAACAACAAACCUUUCUAUGUGGUGACCGAGCUGCAUAAGUUCGUCCGUUUGUUCCCUCUAGCUCCCAAUGACUUGCCCAGAGAAAUCCAAAGCGGAAACGAAGAGACAAAUUUGGGAAUCGACACCAGUCUCCUCAACAUCCAGCUAAUUGACUUCACUCCGCAUGAGUACAUCACCGCUUUGAUCACAGACUUGGGUGUUUUGACUCCGUCUGCGGUCUCGGAAGAACUUAUCAAGAUGUGGUACGAUUAG